AUGGUUAAAUCGAGAGACUUGUUGCCGUCCUUGGCGAUGGUAUUGGUGCAAAUCGGCUACGCAGGCAUGAACAUUACGUCGAAGAUGGCUAUGGAAACCGGCAUGAAGCCUCUCAUUCUUGUCGCUUACCGCCAAAUCUUUGCCACUAUCGCCACCUUUCCCGUCGCAUUUUUUCUUGAACGUAAAACAAGACCGAAGAUCACGCUAAGGGUUCUUGUCCAAAUCUUCUUCUGCUCCAUCACGGGUGUGACAGGGAACCAAGUGCUCUACUUCAUAGGACUUCAGAAUUCAUCUCCCACCAUUGCUUGUGCCUUAACUAAUCUCUUACCGGCCGUCACUUUCCUCCUCGCCGCAAUCUUCAGACAAGAAGCUGUAGGGAUUAGAAAGGCAUCAGGACAAGCCAAAGUGAUAGGGACAGUAGUGUGUGUGGCAGGAGCCAUGGUUCUUUCCUUCUACCAUGGUCACACCAUUGGUAUUGGAGAGUCCAAGAUCCAUUGGGCUUAUGCUCAAAACAUCACUAACCAUGGUUCCGGUUCCAAUGGUUCUAACUUCUUAUUGGGGCCUUUCAUGAUCAUGGCUGCUGCCGUUUCUUGGGCCGUUUGGUUCGUUAUUCAGACGAAAAUGAGUGAAACAUUUGCAGCACCAUACACAAGCACACUUCUAAUGUGUUUGAUGGGAAGUAUCGAAUGUGGAGGCAUCGCUCUGAUCUCCGAUCACAACCUCGCUGAUUGGUCUCUCAGCUCUCCUCUCCGCCUCAUCUCUGCCCUUUACGCCGGCGUGGUGGCGUCUGCGUUAGCAUUCUGUUUAAUGUCAUGGGCGAUACAGAUAAAAGGUCCUCUUUACGUGUCUGUUUUUAGCCCUUUACUGCUCGUUGUUGUCGCCGUUUUCAGCUGGACUCUUCUUGAAGAGAAACUCUACACCGGCACGUUUUUGGGAUCAGCACUUGUGGUUAUUGGGCUGUAUGGCGUUUUGUGGGGGAAAGACAGAGAGAUGAAUGAGAACCAAGACCAAGAAGAUAACCAAAAGAAGGUGAAACAACAACACAUAGUCAAAACUGAUUUUAAAGAAGAUAUUGAGUCGAGAUUGCCGGUGAGAGGAGAAGGAGGAGCUUCAACAUCAUCAGGUAGUGGCAACGGUCACAAGACCUGUAUCGCCUUAAAAAAUUGA